AUGGACAAACCACAUACUCAAGAAACCAUCCUUCAUUCGUUGGGAGGUCGCACGGUGGUCCGAGUCGACAAUGGUCUUGUCGUAAAGUCUGGUCACAUUCGCCCCCACGAAGCAGAAACACUUCGGUUUAUUGCAAACAACACGACGAUCCCCGUGCGUGGAGUUCAUGAUAUCCGCAGGGGGAUGACAGAAGAUGACCAAGUCGUCGCUAUUAUGAUGGACUAUGUGCCUGGCAAGCCACUCGACGAAGCUUGGGAUACUUUAGAUUCCGAUCAGAAGCUCGCUAUUGCCGACCAACUCCAUCCAUAUAGGGGUCUAAAAAGCAGUCUAAAAAACAGUCUAAAAAGCGGUCUAAAAAACGGUCUAAAAAACGGUCUGUCCAAUAAUGUUAAAACAUUUGCUAUGUCACUGUACUAA